GCAAGAAGGCGCACCAAUCAUUUUCAAGGGCGCAGAGGUCGACGUCUGACGCGCAAGAUUUCUUCUUACCGAUAAAGCAUCAGCUCGUUCUACAAGGCGCAUGUCUGCAGGUUUUUUGCUGUCCGAAAUCGGGCAAAUCAUUUAAUCAUACCAAACGCGCAAAAGCAUCCGCGGAAGUUCGGCUUGUGUCAUAUUCGCCCUUGGUUUGCCCGAAAGUUUGUUUUUGAUUGCUGUUGUGGUAUUCCCGAAAGUCCCAUCGCAAUGGACCCCAAAGAUCCCCUCAAAAACACGGAUGCCUGGAAGAAGCUGCAGACAUAUGUGGAUGAUAAAGCGAAAAAGCUGCACAUGCGUCAGCUGUUCGAAGAUCCGAAGCGCUUUGAAAAUUAUAGUCUGACCAUCAAAACUCCGAAAGAUGGGGACAUCCUUUUGGAUUAUUCGAAAAAUAUUAUAGACGAUCAUUCCUGGCCCUUGCUUCUCGAUCUGGCGCGCGCACGUAAGGUUGAAGAUGCCCGAGCGGCCAUGUUCAGCGGUCAAAAGAUCAACUUUACGGAAAACCGCGCUGUACUGCACAUUGCCCUUCGCAACCGGUCAAAGAGUGGCAUUACGGUCGAUGGCCAAGACGUUAUGCCAGGCGUCAACAAGGUUCUGGAGCAGAUGAAAGAUUUUGUGAAUAAAGUUUGUGGCGGGACCUGGAAAGGCUAUACCGGAAAAGCCAUCACCGACGUGGUCAACAUCGGCAUCGGCGGCUCUGACCUUGGCCCGGUGAUGGUGACCGAGGCGCUACGCUCUUACUCUGGCAAAAUCAAGGCUCAUUUUGUUUCAAAUAUCGAUGGCACUCAUUUGGCGGAGAUUCUGAAAUUGGUUGAUCCGGAGUCUACGCUGUUCUUGGUGGCUUCAAAGACAUUCACCACCCAGGAAACGAUGACUAAUGCCGAAUCUGCUCGUACCUGGUUUUUGCAAAAAGCGAAGGAUCAAAAACAUGUUGCCCUGCAUUUCGCUGCUCUGUCAACAAACGAUAAAAAAGUCAAGGAAUUUGGAAUCGACGAGAAAAAUAUGUUUCCGUUUUGGGACUGGGUUGGAGGCCGUUACUCUCUGUGGUCAGCCAUUGGCCUUUCAAUCGCUUUGUUUGUCGGAUGGGAUAAUUUUGAGCAGCUGCUGGAAGGCGGGCAUUUCAUGGACAAGCACUUUCAGGAAACACCUCUGGAAAAGAACGCUCCGGUGAUUCUGGCAUUGUUGGGUGUUUGGUACAGCAAUUUUUUCGGUGCCGAAACCCAUGCCCUUCUUCCGUACGACCAGUACAUGCACCGUUUUGCCGCAUACUUCCAACAAGGCGACAUGGAAUCCAACGGGAAAUACGUGAACCGUAGUGGAAAGAAGGUGGACUACACGACCGGGCCGGUGAUUUGGGGCGAGCCCGGAACAAAUGGACAGCAUGCAUUCUACCAGUUGAUCCAUCAGGGGACUCGUAUUAUCCCGUGCGAUUUUAUUGCUCCAGUCGAAACGCAUAACCCGAUCAAGAGGGGGCUGCAUCAUACUAUUCUGUUGGCUAAUUUCUUUGCCCAAACGGAAGCACUGAUGCGAGGAAAAACCACAGAAGAAGCUAAAAAAGAGCUGGAGAAAUCAGGAAUGAGUGGGGCUGAUUUGGAGAAGAUUUUGCCGCACAAAGUGUUUGAAGGCAAUCGCCCAACUAAUUCUAUAAUGGUGCAGAAAGUUACUCCGUUUACCCUUGGAGCUCUCAUUGCUCUGUACGAGCAUAAAAUCUUCGUCCAAGGCGUUAUUUGGGACAUCAACUCGUAUGACCAAUGGGGUGUGGAACUGGGCAAGCAAUUGGCCAAUGUUAUUCUGCCCGAGUUGUCUGGAGAUGCGGAAGUGAAAACCCACGAUUGUUCUACCAACGGGCUGAUCAAUUUCUUCAAAAAACAUCUUAAGCAGCCACUAGGUGGAGGAAAAACCGGUGCGGGUAUGGACAUUUAAAUGUAAGCGACAGUGGGAUUCUGUCUGCAGCUAGCGGGGCUUUAGUUGCUGGUGGUGGUUAAAUCAAGAAAUAUUCUGGUGUUCUUCGAUUGUGAUAGAUUACAAAUGACUGCUUUACUUUCGCGUUUAAGUUCGCUGCUGUUUAGAUUUAAUUUUAUUUUCCCGUUUUUGUUUGGAUUCCCUUCGUGUUUCAGACGUUGAAUCAUGAAAAUAAAAAGCUUUUAAGCCAUUAAAUGAAGUGGAUUG